AUGAUUCAGACUAAUGUGGAAAAUAAAUUACCGUCAAAUAUUGAUAUUUCACAAUUAAAAACGGUUCUUGAACGAUUCAUGUCAUAUCCAGACUCGAGAAUCAAAGAUUUCUUAGUUGAACGUGAAAUUCGAAGAAUUCAAAUUCAAGCUCAAAUAUUUAAAAACUUAACAAUAUUUUCUAUUGAUCGAAGUAAAUCUUUGUCCAAAUCUUACGAAUUUUUACUUAAAGGAUUUGAAAAAGAUAAAUUAUCAUUUCGUGGUUUGAAAAAUACAUUUCUUCAAAAUUCAAAUUCUAUCGGUUCACUUUUAAAUUCAGAACUAACAAUUACAAAGAUGUUUCAAGAAUGUGAAAGGAUUCGUAUGGCUUAUCAUAAUAUAAAUAAAACUUUAGCAAAUGUUUCAGAUAAUUUGGAAGAUCGAAUACGUGAAUUUAAGAUUCAGAAAUUUGAUCUUAAUCGGGAAGCUUUAAAUUUGCAAUCAGAAGCAAAAUAUGCACAAGCAGAAUGUGUAGUCUUAGGUGGCUCUUUUGGUGUAUUUGUUGGCAUUAUUGCUGGAGUCGGUGUAGGCUCUUAUAUGGUUCCAUUUGACGGUGGUGUGGUGGUUUUGUCUACUGUUCUUGCGAGUAUGUGUGCUGGCUCUUUGUUCGGUCAAAUAUUAGAAGAAAAGAUUAAUAAGGCUGCUCAAAAUAAAACCAGAAAAGCCGAUAAAAUUUAUGAAAAAGUCGAAUACGUUAGUAAGAUCGUUGAAGAUGUUGAGACAUUUAAAUCAAGUGUUCAGAAAUUCGAAAAAUUUUGGACAGGACAUGUUGAACAUCUUACUAGUGUACAACAAAUAAUUGAAAAUUCAUCAAAAGGUGAUAUUGAUUUGAAACAUAUUAAUAUUCAAACCAUUUUUAAUGAUUGGAAUAGGGCCAAAAAUUCUUUGUAUAACUAUGGAAUUAGUGCAGAAGAUUUUCGAAUUUGGCCUUAA